CAGGGGCAGCGUGCUGGGAGCUGUCCUGGCCUUGGCAGUGGCAGCGGAGGGAGCAGUGCUUGGAACCAGCAGGAGCUUCCCCAGGGUAGGAUAAACUGGCUGGGCUGCUCUGCCAGGUUUCUGUGCUGCUAACGUUUCUCCCUGUGCCCAGGUGUAGGACUGUGGCAGAGCUGGCCAUGAUGCUAUGGUUCCUGCUGGGGGCCCUGUUCCCAGCGCUGCUCCUGGCUGCUCCCCCGCCCAUCAACAAGCUCGCCCUGUUCCCGGACAAGAGCGCCUGGUGCGAGGCCAAGAACAUCACCCAGAUCGUGGGGCACAGCGGCUGCGAGUCCAAAUCCAUCCAGAACAGGGCCUGUCUGGGACAGUGCUUCAGCUACAGCGUCCCCAACACCUUCCCCCAGUCCACAGAGUCCCUGGUUCACUGCGACUCCUGCAUGCCAGCCCAGUCCAUGUGGGAAAUUGUGACACUGGACUGCCCAGGCAACGAGGAGAUCCCCAGGGUGGACAAGCUGGUGGAGAAGAUCCUGCACUGCAGCUGCCAGGCCUGUGGGAAGGAGCAGAGCCACGAGGGAGCCCUGUUCAACGUGUACCUGAACGAGGAGAGCAUGGCCCACGAGGGGAGCAUGGCCCACCAGGGGCCCCACCACCACCCCCAGCAGCAGCAGGAGCUGCAGGAGCCGCCCUCCAGCCACCAGCAGCACGAGGAGGAGGGCGAGGAGUGACCCAGCCCUGGGACUGUCCUGGCAGGGCUGUGCAGGGCUCUGGGGAGGGAGGGAGGGAGGGGGUGCUGGAGUCUGUCCUGUCAAAUCAAAUCUCUGCCCCCCGACACCCCAGCAGGGCUGAGGCUGCAGGCUGAGGCACCAGGGCUCAACCUUUCCUGAUGCAAAACUACUUGCACAAAAUAAUAAUAAUAUAUUGAGAGGAGUGGCACGAGGGGCUCUGGCUGAGAGCAGGGGCUGGCUCGGGCUCCCAGGGUCCCAGCCCUCUGAGUCCUGCUGAGUUCUCCUCAUGCCCAGCGAGGAGGAAGAAGGGAAGCAGCUUCUCCACAGUCCCCCAAGGGAUCUCUUGCACCCCUUCUGCCUCCUCUGUCCCUGCUCCCACAGGGCUCAGCUCACGCUCCUGGCACCCCCUGGUCUCAGUCCAACCCCAAGCCUUUGUAUCAGGGCUCCUGGGGAGGGUUUUGCCCAGGAUGUGCCUCUGGGGCUGCGUGUGAGGGCGCUGGGAACCGUGGUGGUGACAGCCCCCACCUUGCUGUCCCCAAGGCCACCGUGCUCCUCUGCUCCUGGGGAUGAGGGGUUUGGGCCAUGAGUGCUGGGGCUUCACCUUUUGGGGCUGCAGGGGAAGACCAAGAGCUGGGGGGGGUCUGGGGGAGGUUCCACCCCUGUCCCCC